CGGGAAACAAUGAAAGUGAAAAUUAAUUGGUACAUAUAAAGGGAUACAACAUCUGACAAAAUAUCCAUAUGAUCAUGAACCACGAAAAAUAAAUCCUAGGUCACAUUUUUUAAUCACAUAAAUAAAUCUAUGUAUAAAAUCUGACACAAAAUUUACUACGCCAACACAACAAGUAUGUUCCAGAAGAGGACACUCCGGGUACUAAUAAAUCAAAGCAUUCGAAGGCACUACCACCCGGUCGGCUGCGGAGACUGCUCUUACGAAGAACAACUUUGCGAAGGGAAGCGAGGCCUCGUCCUAGGAGCCUACAACACUUGCGAAGAAGGGAAAUACGAGCUGACUAAAUAUGGCAAAGUCUUCGAUGCCAAAGUUGAAGGGAGGAUUUCAGCGCUUUUGAACAACUCGGGGAUAGAUUUGGGCAACGCGAGAGUUUUCAAUGGGCUGGAUGAGUUUUACGGUGUUGCAGUGGCCGGCCUCGGCCACAAAGAAGCGGGAAUGAACAGCAAAGAAUGUCUCAACGAAUGCAAAGAGAACAUCAGGAUCGCGUCGGCAGUCGGCGCCCGAGCUUUACAGAAACAGACAAUAGAAAACAUCAUGGUUGAAGGAUUCACUAACGAGGAGGCCGCGGCGGAAGGUGCCAUCCUAGGCCUCUGGAGAUUUCAAGAGUUCAGGAACGAGGAGGAACGCGACGUCCGUCCCAAAGUCGCCCUCUACGGCGAAGGUGCUUGCGCGGACAACUGGUCGAGAGGUGUCGUUAAAGCCAGGGCACAAAACUUGGCCAGAAGGCUAUCCGAUCUGCCUGCAAAUAUCCUCACACCGAGAGAAUUCGUUAAGGCUGCGUUGUAUUAUCUGUGCCCGUGUGGAGUUAACGUCCAGGUCAGAGAUUACAAAUGGAUCCUGAAAAACGGGAUGAACGCCUUUUUCAACAUGGCGAAAGGGUCCUGUUCGCAUCCGUACUUUUUAGAAUUGUCGUACUGCGGCGGUGGUGAAAAUGAUAAACCUGUCGUCUUGGUAGGAAAAGGGACGACUUACAACUCGGGCGGCAUAUGUUUAAAAGAGUGUGAGAGGAUGUCAGAAAUGAGAGGCGACUGCGCCGGUGCGUCGACGAUCAUCGGAACCAUGAAAGCGGCAGCACAGUUCUCAUACCCCAUGAAUAUCGUUGGUCUGAUUCCUCUGUUCGAGAACAUGCCGAGUGGGAACGCCGUCAAACCAGGAGACAUCGUCCUGGCCCUCAGCGACCAGACAAUCAUGGUCGAGAACACGGACAACGAAGGCAGAGUGGCUCUCGCGGACGCCCUCGUUUAUGCCAACAAGUUUUCCCCCUGCUUGACCGUCUCAAUCGCGACACUGACCAAGAGCAUUAGGUCAGCUUUAGGUUCGGGAGCGUCGGGAGCGUACUCGACUGACGACACAAUCUACGAAGAGCUCAGGUCGGCCGGUGCAGACACGGGUGACCGGGCCGUCCGCCUUCCUCUAUGGGAUCACUACGACAGGAGGAACAAAUACCACAUCGGAGUCGACAUGCACAACGUUGGCUACAUGGGAGAAGUCAAAGACGGAGAAACCGCACUUGGUGCCGCCUUUCUAAAUGAGUUCGCCCCGAAAUGCGCCGAGUUCUUGCAUCUGGACAUCACCGGUGUCGGACUCCUCACAACUGGCAAGGUGAUUCCGUAUUACAGGGAAGGCUACAUGACAGGCAGGCCAACAAGAACAGUAAUCCAGUUCCUGAAACAACUUUCGACACCGACCGAUACCAACAACACAACCAAAUGUUAACGAUAUACGAUAAUAUUGUAUAUAUACUUGUUUUUUACCUGUGACACAAUUAAAUCAUUGACAUUUCAACGCUCGUUUAAA